AUGGCAAACGGGUCUUCCCUUGAUCGCGUUGAUUUUCGUGGUAAUGGUGGUUGUCUGGUAGAGGAUCGGGUUGACAGUGGUGAUUAUGACAAAGCGAAACAAAAGUCUUUGUUUUGUCAAAUUUUUUCGGUUUACCUUAAGGAGGAUCGUAGUGGAGGUAAUGUGAGGCCUGUUCCGGUGGUGCUUGGUGACGGUCGUUUGGUUGACUUAUACCAACUUUUCUCUCUUGUGAAGGAAAACGGUGGGUAUGAUGUGGUAUCGAGAAAAGGGUUGUGGGAUUCUGUUAUAGUUGAGCUGGGUUUGGAGUUUCGUCUUUUGGCUUCGAUUAAAUUGAUUUAUGAUAAAUAUCUGAUUGGUUUCGAAGGCUGGCUCACGAAAACUUUCAAUCUGGAGAAAGAAUUCAGAAGCCUUUUGUGCUCGAAUCUAAAGGACGGACAUGACCGUUUUGUCCCAUUUAAACCAAGUAAUAUCAUCAAGCAUAUUGAUUUGGUUAAUCAAAAGAUUGAUGGUAGUGAUGAUGAUGAUAAAAUGUUUGGUAAUGCUGAUAAGGAAGAGGAUGCCUGUUGCGUGGAAAUUUCUGCUGAGGAAUUUAAUUCUCGCAAACGUAAGCGAGAAUCAUUGUCAGGAAUGGUACACUGGACGAGGCAUAUUGCAAAGCAUCCGUUUGAUCCUGCAGCAAAACCAUUGCCAGAACCUUCAAAGUGGAAAAACUAUAAAGGAGGUCAGGACUUUUUCCUUCAACUGCUGAAGGCAAGAGACAUUCUCUCGGUGAAAAAGCACGCUGAACCAAACAGCGGAUCAUCUUCCCAGAAGGUUAAGAUGCAUCCUGCCAUGUAUGAGGAUCCUGUUGCUCUUCGUCGCCAGAGUUCAAAGAAAUUGAGAUGUAGUGAAAGGCUUCCUAUCUCUGUUAAGUCUCGCUGUACUUGCUGCAAUUCAUGUCCUGGUAGUGAAAAUAAAUGUUCUCUGGAGAAAACAUCUGCUAAACCAGGCGGGGUGUCUGAAAAGAAAAAAUCUGCUGCCAAACCAGGAGGGGUGUCUGAGAAGAAAAAAUCUGCUGCCAAACCGGAUGUCACCGAAAAGAAAAAAUCUGCUGCCAAACCGGAUGUCACCGAAAAGAAAAAAUCAACUGCCAAACCAGAAGUAGCCGGAAAGGAAAAAUCUGCUGCCAAACCUGAUGUAACCGAAAAGAAAAAAUCAACUGCCGAACCAGAUGUAGCCGUAAAGGAAAAAUCUGACCCAACUAGUGACGAUUCUCGUGAAAAGAGUGUUUCUAUCGGUCAUCGUUUCCAAACGGAGGUCCCGGAAUGGACUGGUGUAGCUUCUGAGAGUGACUCUAAAUGGUUAGGCACACAAGUAUGCCCUGUUAAAGAUGACUCAAAAGCUACUGCCGAAACAGAUCUUGUUGGGAGAGGAAGACGAGGAAAGUGCAGCUGCAAUGUUCAAGGUUCUGUUGACUGUGUCAGAUUUCAUAUUGCUGAAAACAGGAUGAAACUGAAACUUGAAUUGGGUUCUGUAUUUUACCGAUGGGGAUUUGAUCGAAUGGGUGAGGAAGUUUCACUUCGAUGGACAGCUGAAGAAGAAAAGAAAUUUAAGGAUGCAAUGGGGUUAAAUAUCCCCUCCCAAAACAAGUCUUUUUGGAACAAGCCGUCCAAAUACUUUCAAAAGAAGACGAGAAAAGACAUGGUCAACUAUUACUUCAAUGUAUAUCUUAUUCAACUGAGAAGCUAUCAGAAUCGCGUGACUCCAGAUACUGUUGACAGCGAUGACGAUGAAGUCGAAUUUGGAUCUUUUGGUGAUGGAUUUGGGAGAAAAGCUAUCGAGCAUCCAUCUGUUGAGUUUAUGGAGUGUUCAGAGAACACACAGUGCUUUGAUCUUGAGUAG